AUGGUGAGGACGGGGUCUGGUCGAGGAGGCCACGGAUGCGCGGGAUCCGGCGGCGUUACGGAGCUGCGGCGGGGUGGAGGUCCUUCGGGCGGCGCUGCACAUUCGGGCGGCCAUGCGGGCUCCUGCGGGAUGGGAGAGAGAGAGGGAAGAAGCCAUUGGCCAAAGACCAAAGACCGGUACGAGUAUCAUCCAGGCGCUCAAGUUACGGUUCACUUGCUUGAUGACACCACUGCGGAGGGCCGUCUGCUCUACCACCAGGAGCAUUACCGAAUUGCUUUAUUUAAGGUUGCGGUGGAUCAUCGUGUUGAAUUAGCCUCCUUUGCUGACACGGUUGAUGAUGGUCAAGAGGUUUUGCAGCUUGGAAGACAAGAAGAUUUUAAUCUAAAGAUAACCCGGGGCGCGGUAGAGUACCGGAAUCCAGAACUAGAUGAAGGACACCACUACAUGUACUUCUCCCGAGAUAAAAAAUAUGUGGAGAACGAUGAACGACAUGGAAAGAAUGUGUGGAUGGCAAGGGGAAAGGGUCCCAUCCGGCCUAAGUGUGACGAUGGUGGAGACCCCGUCAUUGAUAUUGCUGGAAAGGUUGUGGAAAUGACCAACCAUUGUGGAAGUUGGUAUUUUGUUCCUUCUUCCAUUUUGAAUGUGUGCAUCGAUUUGUGGAGAAAUUUUGGGUGCAUCCCUCGGCCCCUCCUUGGUUUGCAGUUUGAGGCCAUAAAGUUUCUAGAUCCAACACAUGCUGAAUAUAUAUGGCGCAAGUUAAACAUUGAUGAUGGUCUUGUUGUUGACGAGGUGUCAACUGCGUCGCAUGCUGAGGAAGUUGGAAUCCGAGUAGGUGAUAUUAUUCAAUACAUUAAUGGAGAACGCAUUUCUACCACAACUGAGUUGGAAAACAAGUUACUGAGCAUAUGUAGGGGUAAUUUUGAUAGAGGAACUGACAUUAAUGCCAAAGUGGAUGUUUCUGUACGGGUAUUUCACACGGCCAACCGUCUCUGGAGAACACAACAUUUAACUGUAAAUGUAUCUGGUCACCGAGAAGUUGUGGAACAAGCUUAUUAUCCUAUCACAAAUGGAGAAGAGUUUUCUGCUCAGGUUAAACUGAUGGAAUCAAUGAAAUUGGGAGGAAAGCAGUUCACGUUUGAUGUUGCAUGUGAUUGA